AUGACUGGUGCCAGGAUUGCCCAUCCACUUCUUCUCGGCCUCGCCAACAUACGUAUGCAUACUCGGACGAAACUCUCAUCCAAAACAUUCAUGCUCAUGGCUCUCCUCCCCAUUCCGAAGUACCUACACCCCAACCAACGGAUGCGUGGCAUGCUUGAAGACUGCCUGGUGCAUGAGUGCCUUUCAAUUUUCCUGAAGCCCUUGAUGAUAGCGGCAGAAGUUGGCAUCAUGAUGUCCGAUCCAGUGGGAAAUGUUCGACACUGUUUUACGCCUCUUGCAGCGUACAUCGUCGAUACCCCAGAGGCAGCCAUGCUUGUUUUGGGGAUAAUUUCCGGCACCCCCGCUCAACCACUACAUCACUGGCACAAGGAAUUUUUUGACCACGACCUUCAGUGGUGUUUCAAGGUUGUUGGCGCCCAGGAGUUAGAUUUCAGGUUUUCUAUAUUACAGCCCAUCACAGGCUAUCGCCACUUCGCAGCUCCUCAUCGCUUUGUGAUUGCAAUAUGUGCCCUCAUGGAUGUCUGGUACUUGGCGCAGUGCCCUGCACCUGACGCCGACUUGCUGUCAUGGGCACGGAUGGGAGCGAAGAAACCAAUUGACAAUUGGUUCAUCCCCAAGUUGGAGCUCCUGCAGAGCAUCACGUCUAGUAUGCGCAAAAUGCAAACUGAACACGCCCAUGUAUCUGAAAUUAAGGACCCUGCGCGACACACAAACGAUAACGAUUACGACCCACAGAUAUAUCGCUAUCUGGAUCGUCAGGAGAAACUGCAAUGUUUCACGAUCACUACAACACUCAAAAGCCACAAUCCUGCAGACGUUGCUGAGGAGAAUGAAGGGGAAGAAGACAAUAUUGAUCCUGAUGAGUGGGAGCCAUCUGAUCCACGGACCGCCCUCCUGGAGGAGAUGAAUCAAACACGCAUUACCACAAAUUAUUUCAGCAAAGCCAAGCAAAAUGCUACCCUCAGCCGCAGAGAACUUGCUUACCCCCCUCGAACGUUUAUAGGUGGUGCCACUGCUAUCCAUCUCAACUAUGAUCCAUCUCAGAAUGGAGUCAAAGUUGGGGACAUUUCUGUUGACUACAAUAUACCGGAUCUGCACGUCCUGCUUUCAGAUUUCUUGCAGUGUGACGCGAGGGGCAGAGGAGUAGUUCAUGAGGUCGCUUCAAGAAGGAGACCGUCAAUCAAUUGUCCUCCAAUCCUUCCAUUCGAUCACAUUCAAGUCUGGCAUUCAGUUCGUCUACAGCAAACAUCCUUCCACGAUUCUAGCAUCGUAUUACCGCCCAGACUGUACAUGCCUCUCCUUCGCGCCCUGGAUGGCCCAAAGGCCGACGGGAUUUUGUCCUGGUCACACAAUCUUGUUUUGAGUAUUGGGCCAAUUGAUCCAGCCACCGGGAUGCAUACACUGGAACGCACAAAGCAUGCUGAUGGCUCUCCUGUUGGUAAUUUCGUUCUGUUGAAUCAACUUCGUGCAUUCAUCAGUGUUAUCCCUCGACUGGGGGAUGUGGUGGAUGUGUGA